AUGUUUGUCAAAUCAACGACCAAGCGAGCACCAAAAUCUUUUCUAGUACACACGAGCUUCACUCUCUAUAACCCUCAUAGGAGAUCGCAAUUUGCUUCCUUAUUUACGCCCAAAUCACCUCCACGACGCAUUCUACUUCAAUUUUUGCCGAUUGGGUUAGCUCUCCUCACCGAUUUCUACACUAAUGGCAGAGAUUGAUCAAAGUUUGACUGAGGAUGAUGUGGCUCAUAAUGGUGGUCACAACAUUGAUCACAACAUAGAGCACAAUACUGAGUACAACAUAGACCACCAUGUUGAUCACGCUGUAGAUGACAGCAUUGAUUGCGGAGCAGAUCAGAACAUUGAUCAUGGAGUAGAUCAGAACAUUGAACAUGAAGUAGAUCGGGACACUGAUUAUGGAGUCGAUCAAAACACUGAUCAUGGCGUUGAUCAGAACAUUGAUCAUGGUGUAGAUUACGAUGUUAAUCAUGGUGUAGGUGAGACUGCUGAUCACGAGAUAGAUGACAGCAUUCCUCAGAACAUAGACUACGACUCAGAUCAUGAUGUGGAUCAUGGUGUUGAUCAAAUAGCUGAAUACUCACAGCCCGCGGAUAAACAAGGACAUGAUGGGGCUACAGUGGCUGUAGGUGGUGAAAAGAAGUGGCCUGGAUGGCCAGGAGAGAGUGUCUUUCGUAUGUUGGUUCAUGCACAGAAGGUUGGCAGUAUAAUUGGACGCAAGGGGGAGUUCAUUAAAAAAAUUGUUGAGGAAACAAAAGCUCGGGUUAAGAUACUUGAUGGUCCUCCAGGAACAGCUGAAAGAGCUGUAAUGGUAUCUGCUAAGGAAGAGCCAGAUUCUUCUCUCCCUCCUGCAGUGGAUGGUCUUUUGAGGGUCCACAAACGCAUUGUUGAUGGUUUAGAUGGUGAUUCAUCACAUGCACCGCCAUCUAUUGGGGGAAAGGUGUCAACUAGGCUUCUUGUACCAGCAUCACAAGCAGGGAGUUUGAUUGGGAAGCAAGGAGGAACCGUGAAAUCCAUUCAAGAAGCCUCGAAUUGUGUUGUUAGAGUCCUAGGAGCAGAAGAUCUACCUGUCUUUGCUCUUCAGGAUGAUAGGGUUGUUGACGUGGUGGGGGACCCUUCUGGUGUCCACAAUGCCAUUGAGCUAAUUGCAUCUCAUCUCAGGAAGUUUUUGGUUGACCGCAGUAUAAUUCCUCUAUUCGAGAUGCAUAUGCAAAUGGCAAAUUCACCAAUGGAGCACAUGCCACCAUCACAUCAGCCCUGGGGUCCGCCUCAAGGUCUUCCUCCAAGUUCUGGCGGAGGUCCUGGUUUUGGACCUAAUUCUCAAUAUAUGCCGCCACCUCCUCGGGAACAUGAUAAUUACUAUCCUCCUCCUGACUUCCCUCCCAUGGAGAAACAGCCUCAUCAGGGUAUAUCUGCCUAUGGAAGAGAAGCUCCAAUGGGGGUUCGUGCAUCUUCUAAUACCCAAUCAGCUUCUUCAAUGAUCACGCAGGUUACCCAGCAAAUGCAGAUUCCCUUAUCUUAUGCUGAUGCUGUUAUUGGGACGGGUGGUUCAAGUAUUAGCUAUAUCCGCCGUGCAAGUGGUGCGACUGUUGCUAUACAAGAAACCAGGGGUGUUCCUGGGGAAAUGACAGUUGAAAUCAGUGGAACAGCUUCCCAGGUCCAAACGGCUCAGCAGCUGAUUCAGAAUUUCAUGGCUGAAGCAGCUGCUGCAGCACCAGGACAAGCACAACAAGGCAGAUCCGCAGACCAAGGUUACAACCCUUACGCAUCACAUGGUUCUAUGUAUGCAUCUCCCCCAUCCAACCCGGGACAUGGGAGCCACACAGGAGGCUAUGGCUCAGUGUAUGGUUCAAAUUAUGGGUACUAAGACGGCCUGUAUUGGUUUUUUAUCACUCAAACUAAUUUACUGCGUCUCAUUAAAAGAGAAUAUAAUCAAUUAUAUGAAUGACAGAUGUAAUGGUAGACUUUUGUUAGGUUCUCAGGUAAUUUGGAUGCUUUUGUUUAAUCAUUGACUGUUUUCUAUCACCUUUCCUUC